AUGGCCUUCUCGAGAGGACGUGGAGGGGCUCGCGGCGGCGGCGCAUGGGGAGGCAGCAGAGGCGGCAGCAGAGGCGGUGGCAGGGGCGGCAGUAGGGGCGGCGGCAGAGGUGGCCCUAGGGGAAGAGGCGGCGCACGAGGGCGAGGACGGGGCGGUGGCGGCGGCCGUGGUGGAUAUGGCGCGGCGCGGACAAGGAGCCCUGACGGCGAGGCAGACGCCGAGAGAGCGCAGUCGCCUGCCCCAGAAGACACCGACUCAGAACCAUCUGACGACUCUGAAGACGGAGAAGAAGAGGAGGAAGAAGAGGCAGAGCCCACGUCAAACGCCUAUUCCGCCUUACUACAGUCUCUCGCCUCCACGCAGCCCCAGGAUCGAUCGAGCAAAAAGCGCAAGGCACAGACCGAUGACGACCAGUCUGCUGGACAACAAGGACUCAAGAGACGCACCAAGCAGUCAGACCUGAGGUCAGCUGCGGUGGAAGUCCAGGACGACGCUGCAGAACAGGACGACGAGCCAGCGGAUGACGGCGAGGACGAGGACCAGGACGAGGCAGAAGAAGUCGAGGAGGAAGAGGAGGAAACAACACUCGACAACGAGGCUAACAAUCCCUUCUUUGACCAGCACUUCGGCACCCCAGACGAGAAUGAGCUUACAAAACGACUGAAGAGGAUAGCAGAGAACGAAUGGGCGACGAAGAAGCUUGAAGCGGGCCCAGCGAAGGCGGCCAACCCAUGGAAAGCUCAGAAGGCGAAUCACACCGACACCGGAAGAGGCGUCCUGCAAGUCCCCAGCACGGACGAGAAGGCACUCGAAAGGCCAAAGUUCAAGAGCACGCGCAACAUCGGGCUGAAGUCGAAACUGGUGGAGAAUGCACAGAAGGAGAUUGGCGAAUUCAACGACCUCGAGCAGACCAUUGCGCCGUCCCUCUUCAGCUACCAGGACCUGCUCUUUGGCGCGCGAACUGUGCAGAACGCAGGCCGUCUCCGAGACCUCACCUGCUUGCAUGCACUCAAUCAUAUCCUGAUGACACGGGAUCGCGUCUUGAAAAACAACGCCAAGCUGGCGGCGGCAAAGGAAGACGAAGACGUCGAGUACCGUGACCAGGGAUUCACACGACCAAAGAUCCUGUUCCUCCUCGAGACCAAGCAGGCUUGCGUACGUGUUCUGGAAUCCAUCACCAAGCUGCACACUUUCGAGCAGCAGGAGAACAAGAAGCGUUUCCUCGACAGUUUCUCGCAACCCGAGGACAAGUUCUCAGACGACAAGCCAGACGACUUCCGGGAGCUUUUUGAAGGCAAUGACGAGAACGAGUUCCGUGUGGGCGUCAAGCUGACUCGCAAAACACUGAAGCUGUACUCCACCUUCUACAACUCAGACAUCAUCUUUGCGUCUGCACUUGGUCUGCGACGUGCGAUUGAAACUGGCGAUAAGAAGAAGAGGGGCGACCACGACUUCCUAUCCUCAAUCGAGAUGGUCGUCAUGGACCAGGCAGACGCAACACUCAUGCAGAACUUCGAGCACGCCGAGUUCGUCUUCGAUCACCUCAACCUCCAACCCAAGGACCCCCACGGCUGCGACUUCUCCCGUGUGCGUUCGUGGUACCUCGACGGCCACGCCCCCAACCUCCGCCAAACCAUCAUUCUCUCCGCCUUCUUGACCCCCAAAAUUAAUUCUCUCUACUACAAGCACAUGCGUAACGUCGCCGGCCGCCUGCGCUACACACCAGACUACACAGCCGGACUGAUCGAGUCCCUCUCGUACGGCGUCAAGCAGACAUUCCUACGCUUUGACUCGCCAUCUCAUUUGACAGACCCCGACGCCCGCUUCAAGUACUUCCACUCCUCCAUCCUGCCGUCGAUCACGCGCCUUCCCAAGCCUGCAACAGGCGGUGUUGGCGUCCUUGUCUUCAUUCCGAGUUACCUCGACUUUGUACGCGUGCGUAACUCGCUCGUCGACUCAGAUUUCAGCUACGGCCUGAUCCAGGAAUACACCGACGCAACGGACGUGCGGAAAGCGCGGUCGCAUUUCAUGAGCGGCAAGCACUCGUUGCUCCUGUACACAGGACGUGCGCACCACUUCCACCGCUACCAAAUCCGUGGCGUGAAGAGGGUUGUGUUUUACGGCGUGCCUGAGAACCCAAAGUUCUACGAUGAGGUUGUGGGCUUCAUCGGCAAGAGCGUCGAGAGGGGCGAGAUCAGCAGGCAGGAGGCGAGUGUCCGAGUAGCGUUCAGUAAGUGGGAAAGGCUGGAACUGGAGAGAGUAGUAGGGACGAAGAGGGUGGGGAAGAUGAUUGCGGAUAGGGGGGAUGUAUUCGACUUUGUGUAA